AGGAAUGAUGAAAAACACCUGAAAGACAGACAAGGGGACAAGGAAGAGACGAAGCAAUGUUCACAAAAGGAAGUAAGUGAGAGUCCAACAGAGCAACCGGAGAAGAUGCUCUGCGAAGAAGGUAUCACAGUAAACAGACUUUAUGAAAGAAAUGACUUCGUCGUUCCCUCCUAAUUCUUCCCUCAGUCCAUCAUCCCCCUCAGAGCUCCACUGUCCCCUUCUGCAGACAAUGGUCUCUCACACACUGAACAACGACACUCGUGUGAAUCUGGCGGUGGUCAGCGUGCAUGGGGUGGUGUCCUGUUUGGGGAUCCUGGAAAACAGCCUGGUGCUGUGGGUGCUCGGCUGCCGUCUUCGUCGAAAGACAGUUGCAGCAGUGUGGGUUCUAAAUUUGGCGCUGUCAGAUUUCCUUACCACUCUAACCCUUCCACUUUUCACUUAUUACCUACUGAUGGGUCACAGCUGGGAGCUGGGAGCCCCGCUGUGCGCUGCCCAGGCCUCCAUCUUUUUCCUCAACAUGUUUGUUUCUGCCUUCCUGUUGGCUGUGAUAUCGCUGGACCGAUGCUUGUUAGUGACCAAGCCGGUGUGGACUCAGAACCGGCGCACUGUGUCUGCAGCAUGGAAGAUCUGUGCCCUGGGAUGGUUGUGGGCUGCAGUUAAUGCAUUUCCGUAUUUCAUGUUCCGUUCUGUUGUGGUUAAAGAGGAUGGCCGUAAACUCUGCUACCAUAAUUUUGCACUCUAUUCCUCUCCAAGCACACUGCAUAAAGAUUGCAAGGUGCGGCAGGCAGCGACUGCAGUGUCCAAGGUGUUGUUGACUUUUGUUGUGCCACUGGUGGUCAUUGCCGUCAGUUAUGCUUCCUUUGCUCUAAAGCUGCAAGCUCGAAGAAAAAGGCUGAAGAGUAGGCGGCCAGGAGUGACCAAUGCUAAAAAGAGUGCAUCCAAAUUUUUCCGCAGCCUCUCCACUUCUUCUACAUCAGCUGGAGAAAAUGCAGCUCGACUCUCGCAAGGUUUUACAAAGAUGGUUGUCUCUGUGAUAGCAACUUUUAUUCUCUGUUGGGUGCCCUACCAUGUCUUCUGCCUGCUCGAGGUGGCAGCUCAGUACAUGCCACAGAUCGUGAUGCUAGUCGAGGUGUACUUGCCAGUGGCAACAACAUUUGCAUUCCUGAACCCUGUUCUCAACCCGAUAAUAUACACCUUCAGCUGUCCGCACUUCUGCACACGGAUCCGGCAGAGUCUAGAGGCAGUGUUCGAGGGGUUGGUGGAGGAAGCUGGACCAUUAGUGUUGGCUACAGGGAGGAUUAGGAGAAAAGGCCCAUUGUCCCCAAAUUCAGUCAGCACUCCCACCACCCCCAGCAUCCCUCGCAUCCAAUGCGACUCCCAGGGUUCCAGCAACCUCUUCAGCUUUAAAAGGUGCCCCGCAAAAGAGGGAGAGUGUGAAGAUAAAAUGUGACAUUUACUGAAAGAUUUAAAAGAUUUGGAUUCCUCUCCUUGGAGAACCUCAAGUUCCCUGUGAAACUUAGUCUUUAUUUUGGCAAGAACUCCAUCAAUGUUUCCUUCAGUAACCUUAUCAUUAGGGAAAUGUUUUGAUGCACUUGAAAUAAACAUUGAACAUAAACAUGAUUGAGAAUAUUUUAAAUGGUGCCUGAGGGUUCUUCAGAGGUUUUCGGCAGUGUGGCAUCUAAGGAAAUCCAAAUGUUUUUUUACAGUGUAUAUACAACAUAUAUCUCUGAUGUGAAAUAAAAUAUUCUUUCACUCUCGAGUACACCUCUGACUGUUCAUGACUGAUGUUUUUGAGAGGACUAUUGUUCACCAACUAGUGGUCAAAAUCAUAGAAUGGUCCUAUAAGACUUUAUUUGUCUUUUUGUCUUACUCUCUCUUCCUUUUUCGCCCACUGGGUUUGAUUUAAGCCAUAGUCAUGCUGGAUUACCUCUGAGGUUGUUGUGAUUUUGUGAAUAUUAAAGAGAAUGUUCUUCUAGUAAAAAAAAAUGGGACUAAAAACAAAAAUCCCACAAUCACAGACAAAGCAACAUGGCCCGUAUUCCUAUCUCACCUCUUUCACAUUGCUCAGAUUAAACCUUACCACACAUACAUACUAUAUACAACAUCACUGCUUAGAUUAACCUAACCCAGACCACACAUACACACAGACAACAUUACUAAAACAACAUUUGUAUUCUCACCAGUAUUUGCAGUUUCACAACAAUGUACACACAGGCAUACACAU